AUGUCGGCUUUGCAAGGAAUCGCUAGCUAUUUUCCAAAGGACAAGCAUUGCUGGGUAAAGUGUAAGGUGAGAGCGUGGUCCGUGCACAGUGCACGGACACCUCAGCCUUGGCAUGCUCCCACUACAACCUCGCCCCCAAUUCCUAGUGAGGCUAAUACUAGCGGUUCCCCAAGCAAGAAGCAAAGGGAAGCUGCAGUCAAGGCAAACCUAGCUAUACAGCAACAUCAAUAUACUACGAAGAGAGGAAAGGCGGCAGAGGAACUGCCUGCUUCAGAGAAACCAUCAUUGGUGCUUGAACCUGGAAUCUCUUCAUCACCCCCUCAACCACGCUACCCAACGCUACCAGACGUAGGAAGCUCACCAUACGUGGCAGCAACUCUGCCUGAGGUAUACCCUCAAUUCUUCCCCGAGGCUAACAAAGGUGAACUCUCAUCCAGUGAAGACGAGUUUACUACUCCCUUAAAGAAGAUCUCUAGGUCGCUAGCGCGCUCAGUCGACAGCGAACCUCCCCCUCCUCCGAGUCCUCCGAGUCCUCCCGAACCACUCACUACGACUAUACCUAUACGUCGAAAGAAGAUGAGUUCGAGCCACAGCCUCAACCUACCCGAAGCUUCAAAGCUGAAGGGAGAAAUCACCCUCGAAUCUCUUAUUAAGGACAUCACCGACGAGGCUCGAGGCAGCGACUCAACCAAAACAAUCAAUGGUCAGGCCUUGUACGGUAACAAAUCAAACUCAAACUCGAACUCGAAUAACUCGAAUGCGAACAACAAAAGAAGAAACAAAGACAAGAGACCUGAUUGCAAGCACUGCAAGCAGCCCAAACCUCUACACCCCCUUGAGGAUUGCUUCGUCAUCAACAAAGAGCUACGAGAGGCGUUUGAGAAUAAAACUAGCAAGAAGGCUAUCUUAUACUUUAAGCGUGUUGAGAACAAGAAAGGUGGAAGAAACAACAACAAGAAGAAGGACGAUGAGGAAGUUGACGGAGAGAUCUUUUCCCACGCGCUCCUUCUUAUUGAGGAACUUCCAGUUGAUGCUAGUGGCACAGCACUCUACACGUCGUUAAAUAAGAAUCGUUGGCUCUACGAUAUAAGAGCAACUGAUCACGUUUGCAAUGAUCUCUCUAAGUUUACUGUUUAUACAGCUAAAGAGGAUCUACCCUUCAUGAAUACUGUGGGAGGCCUAGUUCGCCCCUUUAGUAUUGGCAUCUGUGUCAUCAAAUGCUUUAGAUCGCGAGGCUUGGCAAGCGUCAUUAAGUUUCGCGACACUCAAGGUAGUGUUGUAGGAAUGAAGUUCAAGGAGACCAAAACUGGUAAGACACGUGUUUGCGCCCCUUGUGAGAAAGGUCGUCCUUUUAAGAAGACCAAUAAGGUGUCAGCACGCAAGAGACCUACGAUUGCUCUACAAGAGCUAUACAUGAGAGAGUUAGCAGACCACCUAGGUAUGUUACUUGAGGAAUCGACACCUUACACCCCCGAGCAAGACGGUAGAUCGGAGCGAUCUAUUCGUACUUUAAUGGAAAAGCUACGCACCGCAACCAUUGAUCAGGAGAUUCCUGAGUUCUUAUGGCCCGAGUGCUUGAUAGCAGUAAUCCAUAUCACUAAUCUCACAGCUAACACUGCCCUUUUGGAUGGAAAGACCUUUUACGAGGCUUUCUGGGAUGACAUUGAGCUAGGGGUGAUCUAUAAACCUUCGGUCAAGCACCUGCGAGUACUCGGAUGCAAAGUCUACGUCUUAAUUGAGCCUGAACGCCGCGUACAAAGUCGCAAACUGGCGCCUAGAGCUGAGGUCGGAACAUUGCACAACCAGGAUCAAGAGUCCUUUAGAGGCCUUGAUCACUACGUCCAGGAUGGACUAGAUUUCGAUAAUAAUUUGGAAGAGACUGAGGACGAGGAGGCUACCGAUAAGCUCUUUGAACCUUAUAGAGCUCUUUCUCCAAACGAUGAGGAGGAGGUUGAGGAGGAGGUCGAGGAGGAGGUUGUUCCCUUUGAGGAGUACUUUGCUCUUCGACGCAAGGAGACGUGGUCAAUUAUGAAGAAGCGUGAUAUCUUUAAGGGUGGACGUAUUCUAGGCUCACGUCUAUUAUUUAAGACUAAGAGAGAUGAAAACGGAAAGAUCGAGCGAUACAAACAAAAAGGCCGUGAUUACGAUCAGACCUUCGCUGGAGUAUGCAAAUCAGCUGUUUGGAAGCUUGCAAUUGCUUUAGCCGCCUUGUACGACCUGGAGGUCCAACAGUUCGAUGUUGACAUUGCUUUCUUGAAUAGUGAAGCUGAUAGCGACAUCUAUGUCAAAGCUCCACCAGGAUGGGUCGAAUUCGGCUACACUCUUACUAAUGAGGACUGCUUAAAGCUACGCAAAGCUCUGUAUAGCCUUAAACAAUCACUACGCCUUUGGCAGAAGUUGCUACGAGAGCGACUUGCUAAGCUAAGAUUCGCCUUUAUAGAAACUGACAACUGUGUCUAUAUCAAUAGAGACUUUAGAAUCAUGGUUGUUACGUAUGUUGACGAUUUCUUAGUAAUCGGCAAAUCGGGUCUAGUUUACGAGCAAUUCAAGAAGGAUCUGCAUAACCUUUUUAAUAUCACUUGCACUAGCGAGGCUUCUUACUUCUUAAGAGUUAGAAUCGUUAGAGACCGAGCAGCUGGCAUUAUUACCUUGUGUCAAGACGCCUAUAUUGACAAGGUGUUGGACCGUUUUGCUCUUUCCUCAACCGAGGCUAAGUACGUAGCUAUGUGCAAAUUCGCUCAAGAGGCCGCCUGGAUUAGGCAGGUACUCAAUGAGGUUAGCUAUAAGAAGGCUGACGCGAAGAAAAUUGAGAUGAUUUGUGACUCACAAAGAGCACUCUCACUCUCUGAAAACCUUGAAUACUACUAA